AUGGCAAUGGCCAACUCUUCAUCAGAAAAGAAUCAACCCUCAAACACAGUAACAAUGGAUGAAAAAGACCAUCCAUACAUCCAGCCACGCGCUCUCGAAGCAAAUCAUCCACCACGAACUCCAUCCUCCGACGAAGAAUCCACCAUCGGCGACCUUCACGAUGACAACCUCCACAACACCCAUAACACCCAUAACGCCCUAACGCAAGUCCCCACAAACGCCAGCGCCAUCACCCGCACCCUCUCCGCCGUACGAACCCGCGAAUCCGGCAAAGACCUCGGCCCCCCGCCGGACGGGGGCUUCCAAGCCUGGCUGCAAGUCGCCCUGGGCCAUCUAAUCAUCUUCAAUACGUGGGGGUAUAUCAACAGUUUCGGCGUCUUCCAAACAUACUACACCUCGACACUCGGCCGUCCCCCAUCCGAUAUCUCCUGGGUAGGAAGUAUCCAGAUCUUCCUGCUUUUCUUCAUCGGGACUUUCUCGGGACGAGCCACCGAUGCGGGAUAUUUCCGGUUUACGUUGACGGUGGGUGCGACGUUGGAAGUAUUCUGUAUCUUUAUGACUUCGUUGUGCACGGAGUAUUGGCAGCUUUUCCUGGCGCAGGGAUUGGGCCAGGGAAUCGGGUGUGGACUUAUGUUUUGUCCGACGUUGGCGUUGAUAUCGACAUAUUUUGUUAAACGGCGCGGUAUCGCGAUUGGAAUUGUUGCGUCUGGGUCGGCGACGGGUGGACUUGUUUUUCCUGCUGUGGUGAUGCGUCUUUUACCGCGCAUUGGAUAUGGAUGGACGAUGCGUACGCUGGGAUUUAUUUCGCUGGCCACGCUGAUUCCUUGCUUGAUCUUUUUCAAGCAGCGCCUCCCGCCUCGCACGAGUGGGCCGUUACUUGAAUUAGCCGCGUUCAAGGAACUGCCCUACCUGCUCUUUGCAGUGGGCAUGUUCCUGAAUUUCUGGGGUCUGUAUGUCGCAUUCUUUUACGUGGGAAGUUUCAGCCGCAACAUCAUCGGUGUAUCGGAAACUGUCUCGAUAGAUCUUCUCCUGGUGAUGAAUGGAGUAGGACUUGUGGGCCGAUUAGUUCCCAACCUGCUCGCUGAUCAAUUCACCGGUCCACUCAACCUGCUUAUUCCAUUCAGCGGGGCCACGGCCAUCGUCGCAUACUGCUGGGCCCCAGUCAAGGAUUUGGAUAGUCUAUGGGUUUUCGCGGCAUUUUAUGGCAUUUUCGCGGCGGGCAUUCAGUCCUUGUUCCCUGCGACGUUGAGCACAUUGACGACAGAUUUGAAGAAGAUUGGUGUACGCAUGGGGAUGGUGCUUAGUGUUGUGGCGGUGGCGGCGUUGAUCGGGUCGCCGAUUGCGGGGGCGUUGAUUCAGCGGGAUGAUGGGAAUUACUUGUAUGCGCAGAUGUUUAUGGGGAGUGCGAUUCUUGCGGGGACGUUGACUUUAAUUGCGGCGAGGGUUUGUAAAGUUGGGAUGGGACUUGCUCGUGUUUGA